CUAUAAGUGGCGACAUCUAAGUCUCUCACUAAACUACUACCCAAGUAACUUGUUGUGUAUUACACUUACUAUAUAGUUCGUGUGUACGUGUUGGUGUUGAUCUCGUGCGUUGUAAACAAUGGCAGACACAGCAGUCGCAACCGAAGCUCCGGCUCCAGCUACACCGGCGAAGAAGCAGGCGAGGCAGGCUGGCGGUGCGAAGAAGCCGAAGGCGAAGCCCACCCAUCCUAAAACAUCUGAGAUGGUAAACAGCGCUAUCAAGGAGAUGAAGGAGCGCAGCGGAUCUUCGCUGCAGGCGAUCAAGAAGUACAUCGCCGCUCAGUACAAGGUAGACGCUGAGAAACUAGCUCCGUUCAUAAGGAAAUACCUGAAGAGCGCCGUCGAGUCUGGCGCUUUGAUCCAGACCAAGGGCAAGGGAGCGUCCGGUUCUUUCAAGCUCGAAUCGAAAUCUGCCGCCGCCAAGAAACCAGCGGGCGCUGCGCCCAAGAAGGCCGCGGCCUCCGCAGCCACGAAGACCAAGAAGGCUACCGCUUCAGCUGCCGGAGCCAAGAGCAAGAAGGCCGCGGCCGCUGCUGCAUCUGCGUCCGCCGCAUCGGCUUCGCCCUCCAAGGCGAAGUCGUCCGCCGGCGCUGCCGCUAAGGACAAGAAGGCCGCCGCCGCUAAGAAGAAACCGGCGCCCAAGAAGGCCGCCGCUCCGGCCAAGGCCAAGGGAGGCGCCGCACCUAAGGCUAAGAAGACCGCGAAGCCGCCUACAAAGAAACCUAAGGCACCCAAGCCGAAGAAGGCCGCCGCCACCCCUAAAUCGAAGCCGGCAGCCAAGAAAGCGUCCGCAGCCAAGAAGUAAACAUCUGACGCGCGGCGUUCCCGGUUUACCGGCGACGCGAAACGCGGCGACGGAAGCGGCAGCCGGCGCGGACGUUGCGCCGGCUCGGUUCGGGCUCGGCUCGGCUCGGCCCGGCUCAGCACGUCCAUCCACAACAUCCGUGCAGCGCGCUGUCAAUGUGAUGUGAUGUGUGUGUGUGUGACGGUGGCAAGUGUGCGCUUGUGUAGUGGAACUAAACACCAUCCACCCACCUU